AGGUAUUCCACCAACAUGAUAGAUCACAGCUACAUCAUCACUUUCUUCGCCACCUGCUUCAUUCUUCCUCUUGGAGUUAUAUUCUUCUGCUAUGGAAAGCUCCUGCGGAAGCUCAAGAAGGUGUCUCAUGGUCGUCUGGCCACUGCCAGGAAGCCUGAGAGGCAGGUGACCCGCAUGGUGGUGAUGAUGAUCGUGGCCUUCAUGGUGGGCUGGACGCCGUACGCAGCCUUCUCCAUCCUGGUCACAGCGUGUCCAACCAUCCAUAUUGACCCCAGGAUGGCUGCCAUCCCUGCCUUCUUUUCCAAGACAGCUGCUGUCUACAACCCAGUCAUCUAUGUCUUUAUGAACAAACAGUUCAGGAAGUGCCUCAUGCAGCUCUUCUGUGGCAAAGGGACUAUCCCAGACAGCCACCUGAACCCGACCUCAGAGCGACCUGGGAUUACUGCAGACAGUCAAACAGGAGAAAUGUCGGCCAUUGCAACUCGCAUCCCCGUGGGGGGCAACGGAUCUGAUGAUUCUCCCACCGACUGUGGCUCAUUAGUCCAGCUGCCGAUCGCAGAGAACAAAGUGUGUCCAAUGUAAAGAAACCCUCAUACCUAUAUGUGUUCUCCUACACCCAAAAUCCAUAAUAAUAAUAAUAACUUCUGUGAUCUAGAUUCAGUGUGAUUUAAAAACGGGGACAAAGACAGAACUGUUUUCAGAUGUUAGGGAGAUGGAGGAUGCAGUAUUAACAAUUGUCAACUCUUAAAGGGUUUCCACGGUUGAUGAUUCUUCUUGCACUUUAAAAAAAAGAAGUUUGCUUACAAUUCGGAACGGAUACCAAACACUAGCAUGUUUUUCGAUUAUUCAGUUUUUGAUUUUUAAAUGAGGUGGCCAGAAGGAACUCUACAGGCAGAAAUGCUCAGAGAUUUACCAGCCAUCUAUCUUGUAAAUAUUUGCUUGCCAGAUGCUCCGUCCGCUUAUUGAAACUAUCUUAGAUGUUCUAUUGACCUCUUUGCACACCUGCUAGUUUGCCACAUUAGAGGGUACUUGAUUCAACUGUUAUAUCCCAAUGAUAAAAAUAAUCUGCUGAACACGCAAACCUUGACAUCUUUAAGUAGAGGGCUAGCCAGCUCUUAGAAACCACAGUGCAUCCAGCCUUUCAUCUCGUCCUUGCAUUCUCCUUUGAAGCCCUGUGAUGGGGCCUGCAGAGAAAGUGUUGUUUUUAUAUACUCAUCUUGGCAUCUUCACUCAUCUCUGCACGACAAGAGGACGGGGCAGCACUCUUCUAAAUGUGGAUACUUUUACUUCAGUUUAGAGCUUGGUUCAAAGCUUCACAUCUCCUGUUGCCUCUAUUGUAGAUAUAAGAGAACAAUACAUUUAUGAAGGGGAUCAACAUA